GCAGCUAUAAGGAAGCCGUAAAAAAUGUUGAGGUUUUUAUGAAGAACUUUAGUAAGGGAGUUAGAGAAGCAAAUAUCGAAAAUAUUUCUUUAAUAACUGAACCUGUAUUACCAGAAGUUACUAGUAAAAUGGAUUUAGGGAGAAAACCAGUUAAACUUAACCUUAAACAAGGUUUAACAAUGAAUCAAAUCCUAGACGUUUAUGCCCUUAAGAACUCUAAAAAUAAUUUAUGUAGAAAUCAUUCUUAUGAAUUUGCUGCUGCGUUAAGAGCUUUUGAACCUUGGGCGUUAAAAAUGUUUGACUCAUCGUCUAAGAUUCAAUCGGGGAUAUUAUAUGGAAACCUCUUCGAGUUUGGCAAUUAUAAGCAAUGCAUCUCUAUUUACUCUAAUAGUCAAUUUGGGCCCAUUAGGGGGAAACAUUGCAGCUUAAAAGUGUAUCCUGAUACAUUUUUGCUAAAGAAGAUACUUAGUUACAAGAAUAUUUCAGAAAGGAGAUGGGAUAAAGUAAAAAUAUUCGUGGAAAACGCAACCCUCGAUUGGUCUGUAUGCGUUCCCGAUUCUUGCGGUGUCAACGAUGUAUUGCCUCAUUUCCAAAAGUUAAUCAAAGGUUUAACGGAGGGUCUCAACAUUUCUGUAGGCUUAAAUGAGAUGAAUUGCCUCACUCAGGCUGAUAUAAAAGAUUUCACUAAUACUGAGCUUUUAGUGAUUGGGGGAUUGAUUGUUUAUAUUUUAAUGGUUGCCAUAUUUACUUUGAUGGAUUUCUACACUCCUAAAGAAAAAGCUGAACAGAGGCCACUUUUGAGGAUUUUUUCAGUAAAACGACACGCCAGAAAUAUAUUAGCAAAAAACACUAAAGGGCCCUCCGACCUAGAUUGCGUUCAUGGAAUACGGUUUAUGAGCACUUGUUAUGUCAUUAUAGGGCACAGAUACCUUAUGAUGAUGUUUUUUCCUGUAAUCAACAGUUUGCACAUCAUGGACUGGAUACUUUAUUACCGGAGCACAGCGAUUACCGGCGGAACGCUUUGCGUCGAUACAUUUUUUAUGGUCAGCGGUAUGUUGGUUAGCGUGGGCUUUUUUGAGGAAUCGUCGAAGAACCGAGUGAACUGGUUUAUGUUUUACUUUUAUCGGUAUAUGAGGAUUACUCCACCGCUGGCUAUAGUUGUUUUAUGGUACUGUACCUUAAUGCACCACUUUGGUUCUGGACCCCUAUGGAAUGAUAUGUUAGAAGUAAUUCAGAAGCCUUGCCAAGAGUACUGGUGGGCAACCAUCAUGCAUAUCCAGAACUACGUACAUCCUUAUCCACUUUGCUUAACCCAAGCUUGGUACUUGACGUGUGACAUGCAAUAUUACUUUUUAUCCCCUCUUAUUUUGGUGCCAUUGUUAAAUAAUGACGUUCUUGGGUAUGUGAAUUUUAUUGGAUUUUAUUUGGUAUCGGUGUCUAUAAGCUUUUAUUUGGCAUGGAUAAAUAAAUAUAAUGGAGGAGUACCUGUGACAAAUCAACUUUUCUCAACCAAAUACUUUCAACAUCACUACAUAACUCCUCACGUACGAGCUUCAACUUACAUAAUAGGUUUGGGCUUUGGCUUAGUAGUUUUCAAACAAAAAGGUACCCACAUAAAAUUAGCGACAAGCGUAGCUGUAGCUGGAUGGAUGGUUUGCAUAGCAACUAUGCUUGCGUCACUAGUCGGUUGUCAUGUUUUUUUUCUGGAAGAACACGACUAUAAUAGGAUAGAAUCGUCCAUAUAUCUGGCAAUAUCUAGAACCACAUGGACACUUGGUAUAGUAUGGAUGGUGUGGGCAUGUAUUAAUGGUUAUGGUGGUCCAAUUAAUUACGUAUUAUCUCUUCAUGUAUUCAGAGUAUUUGGGAAAAUUAGUUAUGGAAUGUAUUUGCUGCAUAUGGGAAUGCAAUACAUGAUGAGCGGUGCUGCCAAAAUGCAUGGAUACUUUUCGGAUUUUUCAUCACUUUACGCAGCUUUUAGCGACUUAUUCAUAAUGGUUAUCGCAGGAUUUAUAUUCACUAUUCUCUUUGAGGCACCAUUAAUCCAAUCCUUGUCUCUCCUUACUAAAAAACGCAAAACUGUUAAGGCCACUGUAAAAGUUCAACCUUUAGAGAAGUUUUAGGGUAAAUUGAAACCAGAAGAACUAAGCCUAAAAUAUUUAUUUCCUAUAAAAAU